UCCCGUGGAGUCCAUGACGCAUGGGGCCAGCUACUUGCGAGGCCCGACGGUCAGAGACAGCCACAGGUGCUCGUUGGCGUCGCCUUCCAUCUGGAGCCGCAUGGAAUGGUGAAAACCUAGAUCGCGAGUCCCCGAUUCACUCCCCAAUCCCCGUCCGUCCUCUCCUCCCCAACCGUGGCGGCGCGCGUGGAGGAGCGGAAAGGGACGGCGGUGACCCGUGCGGCGCCAGCGGUGGCGGACUCGCCCUUCCCCGCGCGCGAGGAGAAGAGAUCGGGGGGCCCUCGUCCUGCGCGAGUGACGGCAUGCGGCGUGGCGGCGGCUCCUGUCCUCUCGGCUGCGGGACUCGAGGGUCUCUCACGCCUAGCGACGGCGCGGUGGAAGGCGGCGGCUGCACGGGGCAGUGGAAGGCGGGGCGCGCCAGCCCCGCCGGUGGUUUCCUUCAUCUGCACGCGGUGGUUGGCAGCGCAGAGAUGGGCGACGAGCCGCGGGAGCUUGCCGCGAGCGUGCAGCUCGUCCAUCAGCUGUGGCGACGCUCACGUCGCGCAUGCCCCUCCUCCUUGGCAUUCGGCCGGUGGUGGCAUGGAUCAGGAUCCCCUCCGUGUUUGGCGGCGCAGAGCAGCGUGGUGAGCCACAGCAGUUCGCUGCGCGUGCGCAGCUCGUUCUCCUGCGGGGGGCUACGCCUGUCCCCCACGCCCAAGCUGCUGCUCUCCAGCGUGAAGGAUAGUUUGGAGGCUAAAUUGAUUUUCCGCUCAAGCAGCUAGAGGUCUUCCUAGGAAACUGCAUUGGCAGAUGCAGAAGACUCCUGCAGGAUGAAAAAAUGGAUUUACUAGAAGGCAAACACGUGAGUAUUCUCUUUGAAAUGUCCUUUCAGUCCUUUUAGUUAACACUAUCUAAACACAAGCUUUGUUUGUUUUCUGAAUAUAAAUGAACACCUGAAGGUGUAUUGGUGUACAAUUUUUUAAAUUUGCAAGUCUGCUCCUUUUUAUCAUUUCUAUAGUAGUUUUGUACUUACCUAUUUGAAAAGCAUAAGGGGUUUGCUUCAGUACUUUGAAAGGAAAGGUUGAAUCUUUAGAACUGAAGUGAACCUAACCAAACAUACCUUGUUACUGUUGGUGGUCGUAACUUCAGGGUUUCAUGGAUGAGGUGAGCACCUCACCUUGACGGCAUCAUA